GAAUGGAGCAGGCUCGCAACUCUCUGUGCAAUAGGUGAAGGAAACACUCCUGGCCAGUUGUCUUAAGGGAUGCUGUUGGAAAGGACGGAGGUGUACAAAAUUAUCACAGACUGAGAAGCAAGUUGGUUUUGGGGGAACCAUACUCUAAGGAUGUUGUUUGCUUUUGGUUAACAAGAGGAAAUACAACUCUAGAAGAAGCCUUUGUAAAUAACAAUGUAAUUAGAUUUACAGCAGUCUUUCUGGUGAGACUUGGAGCUCCUUGCCUUGGCAGACAUGAGUGACCCCAGACAGUCACAAGAAGAAAAGCACAAGCUUGGCAGAGCCUCUUCGAAGUUCAAGGAUCCUCCCAGAAUCAUGCAGUCAGAUGAUUAUUUUGCUCGAAAAUUUAAAGCCAUCAAUGGCAACAUGGGACCCACCACUUCUUUAACUGCCUCCAGUUCCAAUGAGGGUAGUGGUCCAGCUAAUGGUACCCCGGCCGUGCCCAAGAUGGGUGUGAGAGCAAGGGUGUCUGAGUGGCCUCCUAAAAAGGACUGCUCCAAGGAGCUGACCUGCAAGACCUUGUGGGAAAGCCGGUCCCAGACCAGCUAUGAAAGUGUCGCAUCCAUUAUACACAAUGGGCAAAAUGAUGGGAGCGAUGGCCAACAGGAGGAGCCGCUCGAUCUGGACUUCGUGGAGGCAAAGUAUCCCAUCGGGGACAUCUUUGUGCACUCCCCGCAAAGAGGACUGCACCCCAUAAGACAGAGAAGCAAUAGUGAUGUUACCAUCAGCGACAUCGACGCGGAAGACGUCUUAGACCAAAAUGCAGUGAACCCCAAUACAGGGGCUGCCCUGCACAGGGAGUACGGAAGCACAUCGUCCAUCGACCGGCAGGGCUUGUCGGGGGAGAACUUUUUUGCUAUGCUUCGAGGGUAUCGGCUGGAGAACUGUGACCACAAGGCCACGGCCCCUUUCGGGUUCCCCGAGUUCUUCCCCUGCGACCCAGCAAUCUCCCCCAGCCUUCACGCCGCAGCACAGAUUUCUAGAGGCGAGUUCGUACGCAUCUCAGGAUUAGACUAUAUGGACAGCGCCCUCCUCCUGGGGAGAGACAGGGACAAGCCUUUCAAACGGAGGUUGAAGUCAGAGUCGGUGGAAACGUCCCUCUUCCGCAAGCUGCGGGCCGUGAAAAGCGAACAUGAGGCGUUCAAGUUCACCUGCGAGCUGGAAGAUGGGCGUCUUGAGAGGGGGGUCCGCCCUUGGAACUGCCAGCGCUGUUUUGCACACUAUGAUGUCCAGAGCAUCUUGUUCAAUAUCAACGAGGCCAUGGCCACGAGGGCGAACGUGGGCAAGAGGAAAAACAUCACCACCGGGGCCUCGGCGGCAUCCCAAACUCAGAUGCCAGCUGGCCCGCCGGGCAGCUGCGACUCCCCGCUGGGGAGCAAGGAGGACCUCAACUCCAAAGAGAACCUCGAUGCCGAUGAGGGUGAUGGCAAGAGUAACGACCUGGUCCUCAGCUGCCCUUACUUCCGGAAUGAGACAGGCGGGGAAGGCGACCGGAGGAUCGCCCUGUCCAGGGCCAACUCGUCGUCCUUCAGUUCUGGGGAGAGCUGUUCCUUCGAGUCUUCGCUCAGCUCUCACUGUACCAACGCAGGCGUCUCAGUCCUGGAGGUGCCCAGGGAGAACCAGCCCAUCCACAGGGAGAAGGUGAAGCGCUAUGUCAUUGAGCACAUCGACCUGGGGGCCUACUACUACCGCAAGUUCUUCUAUGGCAAAGAGCAUCAGAACUACUUUGGAAUCGAUGAGAGCCUCGGCCCUGUGGCAGUCAGUGUCCGGAGGGAGAAGGUGGAAGACCCCAAGGAGAAGGAAGGGCCCCAGUUCAACUACCGAGUGGUUUUCAGGACAAGUGAGCUGACGACGCUGAGAGGAGCAAUUUUGGAAGAUGCCAUACCCUCUACCGCCAGGCAUGGGACUGCACGUGGGCUCCCGCUCAAAGAAGUUCUGGAAUACGUCAUUCCUGAGCUCAGCAUCCAGUGCCUGAGGCAAGCCUCCAGCUCACCCAAGGUCUCAGAGCAACUGCUCAAGCUCGAUGAGCAAGGGCUGAGCUUUCAGCACAAGAUCGGGAUUCUGUACUGCAAAGCUGGCCAGAGUACCGAAGAGGAAAUGUAUAACAACGAGACGGCAGGUCCAGCUUUUGAAGAAUUCCUUGAUCUGCUGGGCCAGAGAGUGCGGCUGAAAGGAUUUAGUAAAUAUCGAGCUCAGCUGGACAAUAAAACUGAUUCUACAGGAACGCACUCCCUGUACACGACGUACAAAGACUACGAGCUCAUGUUCCACGUGUGCACCAUGCUCCCCCACACACCGAACAACCGGCAGCAGCUCCUGAGGAAAAGGCAUAUAGGAAAUGACAUCGUGACCAUUGUCUUCCAAGAGCCUGGAGCACUUCCUUUUACUCCAAAAAGCAUCCGGUCCCACUUUCAACACGUCUUCGUCAUCGUCAAAGUGCAUAAUCCAUGUACGGAAAACGUGUGCUACAGCGUUGGAGUUUCUAGGUCGAAGGAUGUGCCACCAUUUGGCCCACCAAUUCCCAAAGGUGUCACUUUCCCCAAGUCGGCAGUAUUUCGGGACUUCCUUUUAGCGAAAGUCAUCAACGCAGAAAACGCAGCCCACAAAUCGGAGAAGUUUCGAGCGAUGGCCACUCGGACGAGGCAGGAGUACUUGAAGGACCUGGCGGAGAACUUUGUCACAACUGCCACCGUGGAUACCUCCGCGAAAUUCAGCUUCAUCACUCUGGGCGCCAAGAAGAAGGAGAAGGUGAAGCCCAGGAAGGAUGCCCACCUGUUCAGUGUGGGGGCCAUCAUGUGGCACGUCGUGGCGAGAGACUUUGGCCAGUCUGCGGACAUCGAGUGUCUCCUUGGGGUUUCCAAUGAGUUCAUAAUGCUGAUCGAGAAGGAUUCCAAGAACGUGGUCUUUAACUGUUCCUGCAGGGAUGUCAUUGGGUGGACAUCUGGGUUAAUGAGUAUCAAGGUGUUUUAUGAACGAGGAGAAUGCAUCCUUCUGUCCUCAGUGGACAGCUGUGCUGAAGACAUCAGGGAGAUUGUCCAGCGCCUGGGCAUUGUGACGAGAGGCUGCGAGACAGUGGAAAUGACCCUGAGGAGGAACGGGCUGGGCCAGCUGGGCUUCCAUGUGAACUUCGAGGGAAUUGUGGCAGACGUGGAACCUUUCGGUUUUGCGUGGAAGGCCGGCCUUCGCCAGGGUAGCCGCCUCGUGGAGAUCUGCAAGGUGGCCGUGGCCACGCUGACCCAUGAGCAGAUGAUCGACCUUCUCCGGACCUCGGUGACUGUGAAGGUGGUCAUCAUCCAGCCCCACGAUGACGGCUCACCUCGGAGAGGGUGUUCGGAGCUCUGCCGGAUCCCCAUGGUGGAGUACAAGCUCGACAGCGAGGGAGCCCCCUGUGAAUACAAGACCCCUUUCCGGAGGAACACCACAUGGCACCGCGUGCCCACGCCCGCCCUGCAGCCCCUGCCCAGGGUCUCCCCGGUGCCCAGCACACCCGACCGGCUGCAGUGCCAGCCCCUGCUCCCGCAGAGCCAGGCCGCCAUCCCCCGCAGCACCUCCUUUGACCGAAAGCUGCCCGAUGGUACCAGAAGUUCGCCCAGCAAUCAGUCAUCGUCCAGCGACCCCGGACCAGGCAGCAGCGGACCCUGGAGACCACAAGUUGGAUACGACGGGUGCCAGUCUCCCCUGCUGCUGGAGCACCAGGGCUCCGGCCCCUUGGAAUGUGACGGGGCCAGGGAGCGGGAGGACACCACGGAAGGGAGCAGACACGCCGAAACCAAAUGGCAUGGCCCGCCUUCCAAAGUCCUGAGCUCCUAUAAGGAAAGAGGCCUGCAGAAGGAUGGAGGUUGCAAGGAUUCUCCCAAUAAGCUUUCUCACAUCGGAGAUAAAAGCUGCUCCAGCCACUCCAGCAGCAACACGCUCUCCAGCAACACCUCCAGCAACAGCGACGACAAGCACUUUGGGUCUGGGGACCUCAUGGAUCCCGAGUUGCUGGGGCUGACGUACAUCAAGGGGGCCUCCACGGACAGUGGCAUUGACACGGCCCCGUGCAUGCCCGCUGCAGUCCUGGGCCCUGUGCACCUGGCAGGCAGCCGGUCCCUGAUCCACGGGCGGGCAGAGCACUGGGCCGACUCCGACAUCCCGGGGCCCGACGACGAGCAGGCCAGGAUGUACGCGGCCCAUGGCUAUGCGCCUGGCAUCUCCACCAGUGGGGCUGCCGACGGCAGCCUGGGCGACCUCAGCGAGAUUUCGUCCCACUCCAGCGGCUCACACCAUUCAGGAAGCCCCUCGGCUCACUGUUCGAAAAGUAGCGGGUCUCUGGAUACCUCCAAAGUCUACAUCGUGUCUCAGGGCAGUGGUCAACAGGCCCCAGGGUCCAUGUCCAAGCCCUACCACAGGCAGGGGGCAGUGAACAAAUAUAUCAUCGGCUGGAAGAAAUCGGAAGACAGCCCGCCACCUGAGGAGCCUGAAGUGGCUGAGUGUCAGGGGCUGUAUGGUGAGAUGGACCUGCUGUCCUCGGCAGCUCAGCAGCAAGCAGUAGUGGGAGAUGCUGUCUCAGAAACUCAGCACGUGCUCUCGAAAGAAGACUUUCUGAAAUUGAUGCUUCCCGACAGCCCCUCGGUGGAGGAGGGGAGGAGGAAGUUCUCGUUCUAUGGGAACCUGUCUCCACGGCGCUCACUGUACCGCACCCUCUCGGACGAAAGCAUCUGCAGCCAUCGCAGGGGCUCUUCCUUUGGCAGCUCCCGCAGUUCCAUCCUUGACCAGGCACUGCCCAACGAUAUCCUGUUCAGCACCACCCCGCCCUACCACAGCACCCUGCCACCCCGGACCCAGCCUGUGCCCAGUGUGGGGAGCCUACGCAGUGAGUGCCCGGGGCGGACAGCGCUGGCCUCACGGGCUCUCUGGGAUGAGUUCUGGUUCUCCGAUGGGUCCUUAUCGGAUAAAUCCAAGUGCGCAGAUCCUGGCCUGAUGCCCCUCCCAGACACGGCCACAGGGUUAGAUUGGACCCACCUCGUGGAUGCUGCCCGGGCAUUUGAAGGUCUUGACUCAGAUGAAGAACUUGGGCUGCUGUGUCAUCACACAUCCUAUCUAGACCAGAGAGUGGCAUCCUUCUGUACCCUGACAGACAUGCACCCUGAGCAGGACCUGGAAGGGGCCCAGGAGCUGCCUUUAUGUGUCGAUCCUGGCAGCAGCAAAGAUUUCAUGGACCCAGCUGGGGAGCGGUCUCCAUCCACACUGACUGGGAAAGUCAACCAGCUGGAGUUGAUUCUUCGGCAGCUGCAGACGGACCUUCGGAAGGAGAAGCAGGACAAGGCAGCGCUGCAGGCGGAGGUGCAGCACCUGCGGCAGGACAACCUGCGGCUGCAGGAGGAGUCGCAGACAGCUGCGGCCCAGCUGCGCAAGUUCACAGAGUGGUUCUUCAACACCAUCGACAAGAAGCCGUAACCAGGCCACCGCCCAACCGGGGACCCCGGGGAAGCCUGGAGUCCCUUCAUAGUCGCCAACAUGUGGUUUCUUGCUGUGCUUCUGGCCCAUCGUAGCUGUGUUUGCUGUCCCGCUCUGUCUAGCACCAUGCCCCCAGCAGGACAGGGAGCCACCGUGUGACCGCAGAGAGCAACACCCGUGAAGAUGAAUGUAACGCUGGUGUCAGUGUGGACCUUUCAGGCUCUGCUGAAAUGGAGCUCUGUGUGGGCUUACCUCACAAGGGACGAUGGUUGGGCUUUAUGUAUCAGGUGACCCGGUAGAGAUGUUAAAGCAGUUUACCAUAGUUUGGGCUUUAGAAUUGUAAAAUAAACAUGAGAACAAAUAAUCAGACAUAUACUUUAAUGUUAAAGGUGCUCUAUUUUUUUGGAUGUACAGUAGUUUUAUUUCCACAGCCACAUUAUCAUAGCAAUAAGAAAGAAGCAGAUGAAAUAGUUGGAAAAGCCGUGUCGGGGCAGGGGGGACAGAAAAAGCACUGAUGUGUCUAACACAAGUUCAAAUGCAGUUCCUUUAGAGACUUAUUUAUUUGCAGGAGCAAACGGUGCCUGAAUAUUAACAGUGUUCUGAUUAAAAAAAGAUUCAUAUGCCUUGUAAAUGGCUCACUGAGUAGUCACUUCAACUCUUAGUUCACUUUUGUAUAGUUAACGCUCUGUUGAAAAAAAGCGUCAAUCUGCUUACUUACGAGAGCCCUCCUGUGUGCCAUGAGCCAGCAGAAUCACUUGUACAAUGCCAAAUUUGUUUAUCUUUGUACAGAAGCUUUGAUGAAGUGUCUUGUAUUUAACACCCUUAUUUAAGCUUAUUUAACCUUAAACUGUUAAUUUUAUAAACUUUGGUUUCACCUGCACUAUGAUGGAGGGCGGUGUAGGUGGCAGAGGGCUCAGAUGAGGCUGAGCUUGCCAGAGCAGAGUGAGGAGCAGGGCCGGACCUUCUAACAACUGGA